AUGUUCGCAGGCCAGGCGGCUCAGCCCGACCCCUGUUCGGACGAGAACGGCCACCCGCGCCGCUGCAUCCCGGACUUUGUCAAUGCGGCCUUCGGCAAGGACGUGCGCGUGUCCAGCACCUGCGGCCGGCCCCCGGCGCGCUACUGCGUGGUGAGCGAGCGCGGCGAGGAGCGGCUGCGCUCGUGCCACCUCUGCAACGCGUCCGACCCCAAGAAGGCGCACCCGCCCGCCUUCCUCACCGACCUCAACAACCCGCACAACCUGACGUGCUGGCAGUCCGAGAACUACCUGCAGUUCCCGCACAACGUCACGCUCACGCUGUCGCUGGGCAAGAAGUUCGAGGUGACCUACGUGAGCCUGCAGUUCUGCUCGCCGCGGCCCGAGUCCAUGGCCAUCUACAAGUCCAUGGACUACGGGCGCACGUGGGUGCCCUUCCAGUUCUACUCCACGCAGUGCCGCAAGAUGUACAACCGGCCGCACCGCGCGCCCAUCACCAAGCAGAACGAGCAGGAGGCCGUGUGCACGGAUUCGCACACCGACAUGCGCCCGCUCUCGGGCGGCCUCAUUGCCUUCAGCACGCUGGACGGGCGGCCCUCGGCGCACGACUUCGACAACUCUCCAGUGCUGCAGGACUGGGUCACGGCCACCGACAUCCGCGUAGCCUUUAGUCGUCUGCACACGUUCGGCGACGAGAACGAGGACGACUCGGAGCUGGCGCGCGAUUCGUACUUCUACGCGGUGUCCGACCUGCAGGACUCUGUCUCCAAAUACAACACAUUCCGAGCCUGUAACUGCAACCUGCAUGCCCGGCGCUGCCGCUUCAACAUGGAGCUCUACAAGCUGUCUGGGCGCAAGAGCGGGGGCGUCUGCCUCAACUGCCGCCACAACACCGCUGGCCGCCACUGCCACUAUUGCAAGGAGGGCUACUACCGCGACAUGGGCAAGCCCAUCACCCACCGGAAGGCCUGUAAAGCCUGUGAUUGCCACCCCGUGGGCGCUGCUGGCAAAACCUGCAACCAAACCACUGGCCAGUGUCCCUGCAAGGACGGUGUGACAGGCAUCACCUGCAACCGCUGCGCCAAAGGCUACCAGCAGAGCCGCUCGCCCAUUGCCCCCUGCAUCAAGAUCCCUGUAGCACCACCGACCACUGCGGCCAGCAGCGUGGAAGAGCCUGAAGACUGUGAUUCCUACUGCAAGGCCUCCAAAGGGAAGCUGAAGAUUAACAUGAAAAAGUACUGCAAGAAGGACUAUGCCGUCCAGAUCCACAUCCUGAAGGCGGACAAGGCGGGGGACUGGUGGAAGUUCACGGUGAACAUCAUCUCCGUGUACAAGCAGGGCACAAGCCGCAUCCGCCGAGGCGACCAGAGCCUGUGGAUCCGCUCGCGAGACAUCGCCUGCAAGUGUCCCAAAAUCAAGCCCCUCAAGAAGUACCUGCUGCUGGGUAACGCCGAGGACUCUCCCGACCAGAGCGGCAUCGUGGCCGACAAGAGCAGCCUGGUGAUCCAGUGGCGGGACACGUGGGCGCGGCGGCUGCGCAAGUUCCAGCAGCGCGAGAAGAAGGGCAAAUGCAAGAAGGCCUAG